AUGAAGAGAGUAAAUGCUGAUUCACAGGAGUUGCGAACUAGAAGCGAAUCCCAAACUGCCCAUGCCCACAACCGUUUUCCAAUCAUGGCAUUGAAUACACAAGAUGGAAUCGACUUAUCCUCUAUAGCAAUUUUCUAUGGUGUGAAAGAAGACUAUUUUUGGGAUUUAGACAUAGCUGGAGAAAAUACUGAAGAUUACAAGAUUCUAAUGGUGGAGAAGGAAGAAGAAGAAGAAGAAGAAGAAGAAGAAGAAGAAGAAAAAACAUCAACCAUUCUCAAAAUUAACUUAUUUGCUAGAUUAUACAGACAAACUUAUACUUCAAAAAUUGCCAAUGAAAGUAUUGCAAACGAAGUUGAUGUAAGUUUCUUGAAUGCCAAAAAUAGAUAG